ACAUUGCUGCAUCCUUUGGCUGGAGUCGCCGCCAGCGCCAGAAAAAGCCGGCAGAUCAGUGUGACUAAAGCAUGGAAACUGUGCUAGAGCUGAAAGCAGAGGAGGACUCACCGGAAGAGAAUGCUGGCCAGAAUCAUGCCUUGGCCAACAAAGGCCCUGUGGUGGCAGUCCCAACACAGUCAGUCAAACCUGGCAAGGGCCAAGACCCCUGCCUGGACCCUUCUCUUCUGUGGGAGACCCUGGGCAGGCAGCUCUUGGAGUAUGAAGAAAUGGCUGCUCUCCAGAGUCCGGAGGAGCAACGAAGACGUCUGCUGGAUUUGCUGCCUGUGUUUCUGAAGGCCUGGGAGCAGUCGGCCGGAGAGAUCUCUUUCCUGAAUGCUCAGCUGCUAGCAAGUGAGACUGCAAAACUCCUGGUGAAAGAAAUCCAGAAGAAUCUGAAUAGGAAGCCUGCAGAAGCAGCGCGGCUGGCUGUGCAGAGGUUUCUGCAGCAGGAAACGGGAGAGGCGGCCGACGGCCCCGUCCUCUUCAGAUCAGUCUACUUGCUUUCACUUGGACACUUGGAACCAGGUGUCCGAUGCAGCAUAAUAAAAUCUGGGCUCCCAGUCUUGCUGCUGCAGUGCCUGCAUCUCUUCUUUGUCUCUCCCCUGGAUGAAGCUGGUGGCAGUGGAGGAAAGACGCAAGAUGAAAGACAGACACAGGACCUGUUUGUGCAGACAAUGCUCAACAUCUGUGCAGAAGAACCAGCUGUGGACGAGCUGCUGUUGGCUGCAGAUCUUCGGUCUCUGAUCAUCUCAGUGACGUCCCUUUGGGACCAAAGUAGCCCUUCCUGGAAAUGCCCCACCAGCCAAGUGCUCCGGACAAUUUCAAAGGCUCAGUCCAAGAAUAUCAUUUCCUACCUGCAAGCCACGGAUUGCAUUAAAGUUUCCAUCCAGAACUUGUCAACCCUUGCUGAGUCCUUGCCUCCUUGCGAAGUGUGUGAGCCACUCAACAUCAUCCUGUGUUUUGUGAAGAAUUCAUACCCAACCUCCCCAAGUUUACUUCUGGAGUUUGAAAAAAACGGGGGCUAUCAGCUCCUGUUGGAAAUUUUUCUCAGGUAUGAUGGACCACUGGACAGCAAAGAACAUACUCCUCUCAGGGAAUGUUUGGACUUUCUGACACAGCUGACUAUGUGUGGGAAAACAGAGUUGCAGGUUUCCGGCAAUAUUGCGAGCCCUCAGCUGCCACAGUUUGAGGUUAAACAGUCAAUUUCUUCUGGAAACAGAGUGAGGAAUCUGAAGGCUUUCCAGGUGCUGGAGUCCCUUUUUCAGAAAUCCAUCAACCCAGAACUCUGCCAAUACAUCUUACAGGCCCUCAAAUCCAUCUGGACUUGGGACUCCAUGAACUUCUUCCUCCUAGAAUGGUCACUGCAGCCCAUUUCUCAGUUUGUCAGCCUCAUUCCUCACAAGCCGCCGUUGGUCCAGAAAGACUUCUUCCAGCUGGUGGAGUCCGUAGUGUGGGACCUCUCAUACAUCCCCCAUGAGAUCUUGAAAGAGAUCCAGUGUCUGAUCAAGGAAAACACUGAUCCUCUGAGCACUUCAGCUGCCCUGCUUUGCCUCCACAGCAUUGCACAGAAGGACCAGCUCUUCAAGGACCUUUUCCGUGACUCAGGGCUCCUGGGAAUGCUGCUUGCUCAGUUACGCAAGGAAGCCAAGAUACUGAGGAAGAAAGGUGGAACCCCUGCAGUCAGCCAGGAUCAGAGGAUGGAGAAGGAGCUCGUUAAUACGAUGCUGCAGAUGGUGGUUGCCCUUGUGGUGGGAUCUGUUAGGAACACAGUGGUUUUCAGAGAUUAUGGGAUGGUGCCAUAUAUCAAGAUUUUUAUAGAUGAUGACUUGUUCCGGAGCCACACCCUGACUAUCCUGGAGCAGCUGUCGGUUAUCAACCCUGAAGAGUACAUGAGCAUCAUCGUUGGGAACCUCUGUUCUUCCACUCCGGGAGAGCUGCACUUCAAGCUGGAUCUGCUGAAGUCUCUCCUGCGCACGAUGGAGAGUCCCCGGGGCCGUUCAGCUUUCAGGACCAGCACGGGCUUCAACGGGCUGCUCUCACUUCUGGCCGACAUGGAAGGCGCCUUGCGAGAUCCACCUGCAGGCCUCUGGGCCUCACUGGAGCAUGACCGCAUCAUGCAGCUUGUCCUGCAUAUACUCCACGUAAUAGCAGCUGCCCUCUACUUGGACCCGGUCAAUAGCGACUUCUUCAGGAAGAAUGAACUCUUCGAAAAGAUGGCAGACGAACUUGGCUUGCUUGGCUGCUUCUCAGCCCAAAAGGGACUACGGGCUCCUGUGUCUCUCAGCAAGCCAAGGACAUUUGCUGGGUUUUUGCACACUGCUGUCUGCUCACCAGAGCUUCUCCCCACCUGGCUAAGAAGCUGCAUCAGGAUAAUCAGCUUCCUUGAUUCCAUGGCCAAGAGGAACCCCUUCCACCUCAGCAGCUUCUUGGAAGACACGGGGCCAGGUGCACAUCAACUCCCAGUGCGUUUGCAAGAGGCAAAGCCAAAGGAGGAAGAAUCUGAGGUCUACUGCGAGCAUGUAGGCAGCAAUGAAGCAGCUGCCAACAGAUGGCCAGAGCUCAAAGACAGGCCAGGCAAUGAGGACUGGGUGAUCGUGUGCCCCGGAGCUCUUUGUGUCAUGGUGAGACUCAUCGCCAAACUCUACAAGGAGGAUUCUCCAGAAUUAUCUUGGGAAAUCCAGUACGCUGUGGCUGACCACGUUCAGUCCUUGAUGAGCCUGGAGAAGAGUCGCCAAGUGGCAUGUGGAGCUGGUCUGCUGGACACACUUGUGGUCUCCUGCCUGGACGAGCUGCACAAUAUGGAGAGUCCCUUGCACCUGCCUCUCAUCAGGCUCUUCGAAAAGCUGGCCUCCCAGUCUAUUGAGCCUGCGGUCUUAAGACAGUUUCUGUUCCUCCAAACAGUGCCACUGCCAGAAGUGUCCACGCCCUGUGGAAGCCCAUCCACACCUUCCAUGAGCCGCCAAAGUGGCCCAUCUCGAGCAUCCCAGCAGGAAGGGGCGGAAGCAGCAGUGCCCAGCGGUUCCACGAAUCUCCACCACUGUCGCCCAGACUCGGGCACCCCCUGGCUCUACAGCAGCUCUGCAGUGGCUCUCCAAGCAGCCAUAUGCCUGCUUUCCAUGACAACGCCACGCAGCCUUCAGCCCGAGAGUUCCUGCUUGCCACCGUCCUUUGUCGAAUUCGACAUGUCCCGCGAGGGAUACGGCUACUUGUUCCUCCCAACAGUGGCUACGGUUCUGGGCCCCAACACAGAAUGCUACAUCUCUGGAGGAACUGGAAAAGGUUCCAGAGAGUUCCCCCCGCGGGACGGGCUGACUUUCUGCUCCUGGUUUCUGGUCAGCAGGAUGGGCUCUGCUCAUCAGGCCCACCCACUGCGCUUCCUCACUCUGGUGCGCCACAUGGCAAGGACAGAAGAAGAAUUUGCCUGCUUUGCAGUGAGCUUUUCUCCUACUGACUGCUGCCUGACCAUCUCCACUGAGGAAGUGCCAUGUCAGCCUCUCGAUGCUAUGGAGCCAGAAACCGAAGGUGUCCCGUCCGUUCUGUCUCAGGUCCAGUUCAGGUGUUCCGAGCUGCUUGUGACCGGGCAGUGGCAGCACCUUGUGGUGACAGUGGCAAAAGAAACGAAACGGAUCUGUACCACUUCAGCCUAUAUCAACGGGCGCCUGGUUGGCUCUGCGAAGAUGCAGUAUAUCCAGCCCCUUCCGGGGGGUUUUGUUUCCAUGGAUCCAUCUUCCUUUGUUGACGUCUAUGGAUAUGUGGCCACCCCACCCAUUUGGAAAGCAAAGUCUUCCUUGACGUGGCGCCAGGGGCCUCUGUAUUUCCUCGAAGAAGUUAUCUCCAUGGAUGCUCUGCUGCUAAUGGUCAAGCUUGGGCCAAGAUACUGCAGCAACUUCCAAGCUGUAGAGCUUAGAGAAUCAAAUGAAGCCACCCUCCCUGGCUCUCACAGUAUCCCUCCUCUUCCAGCCGGUCUUCCUGUAGGAGCAGGAGUUCCUCUCCAUGCACGGACAGUGACCCUGGUAUCCCAGGAGAAUAUUUCAUUUGGAAUCAGUGUUAUGAGCUCAUCCUAUACCACGGUCAAGGAUAUAAGAGACUGCUAUGGGGAAGUGGACGGCCGCCUCAUAGCGAAGGAGCUGGGGCUUUCCUCUCGUGACGGCACGACACCGGUUUUCCUGGUGCAAAAUACCGCUGGAAAACUUCCUGGCACCCUGAGGACCAUCGGAGCAGUUACAGUGGGCCAAGAUGGUACGCGGGUGUUCCAGUCCUGCCCGGCAGCUGUUAGCCUCAACUACAUCGGGGGGCCCGCAGUUCUCCUGGGCCUCCUUGCGGUGGCCUGUGAUGACCACGCGGUGUACGCUGCCAUCAAAGUCUUGCACUCCGUCCUCAGCAGCAGUGCCAUGAGUGAAAAUCUCAUGAAACACAUCAGUGGGUACCAGAUGCUAGCAUACCUGCUGAAGAAGAAGACCCAUUUGUUAAACAGCAGAAUUCUGCAACUUGUCCUCUCCAUGGGGGGCAUUGCAGAGACCUCUUUGGACUCGCCAACUAUUAAAAAUUCGGGGGUGUUCCGACAUAUUAUCUGCGACUUUGAGAUUUGGUGUCAUGCUCCCGAGAACUUGGACCUUUGUCUCUUCACAUACCUCAUGGAAAUCCUAAAAUCCACAGUACCAGGGAGCUGGAAUGCGGAGGUGGUGUCCCGGACGGAGGUCGUGCCCAAGCUGCUCCUUCUCUUCAGUGACCCUGAGGUCACGUGCUCUCGCAUCAGCCGCAUCUGCGCAGUCCUCUCCCAUCUGCUGCAGAGAUGCUUCAGGAUCACAGAUAUUUUGUGGACCAGCUUGUUCUUGGUUUACACCCUGCACCCUUCCUCUGUGGAUGAAAAUCAAAUCUGCCUGCAUAAGACCCCAGAAGCGCCAGGAGACGACUCAGGUCAAGCAUCUGGGAAAAUGAUCUGGCUACGGAACCGGUUACUGAAUGUGCUGCUGGAUGUGAUGCGCUCAGAUGAAUGCCAUGUCUUAUCCGAGAACCAGGAAGAUGUGUUUCUGUGCAUGGGACCGGACUGGUUCCUGAUGUUCAUUCAAGGCCACGUGCACUCCAGCUCAGUCGUGCUGGCAGUCAAGCUGCUGCUCUUCUUCCUGCACAACCGCACGCUCCUGCAGAAAUUCAGAGAGAGCAAGAUGGCCAGCACCUGGUUUGGAAACAGCAGGAUGGGCCUGGAUAUUUUAAUGGACAAUUUAAAGAAUGGCUCCCAGAAACCCGAGCCCAGCUUAUACAAGAAGUCUGGAUUUGUGGCUCUGAAGACAUUGCUGAGCAACUGUAUCCAGUCCCCCGAGGUCUACUUUCACCUGUCAGCACUGCUCCUGGCCACCCCAGGGUCUGAGCCACCGGUCGGAAUCCAGCCAAAUCUGGACUCCAUGUUGCAAUGGCUGCUGCACAACCACCAUAAGAAUGCCGUAUCCAGGCUCGGGUUGUGCCCGGAGGCAGCAGUUCUGCUGCUGGAGAUGGUGAAGUCCAUCCUGAAGCAGAUUCCAGGAGGCCCAGAGGAUUCGUGGGAGAUCACCUACCCAGGACACAUCAUGCAGUUCUUCUGCCUCAUGUAUCACAGCUACCCCCAGGAUCCCCUCUGGCGCAACCCUGAGUUCUUCCAAGCAUUGGCCUUGGCUGUCUUUCCCUCCACGGAGCCCCAGGGCAGCUGUGAGAGUACCUUGUCCACAUCUCCCAGCGAUUUGGCUGCUACAUCGCACAGUGAGGGGGUGACUGGACCUGCUCUUUCUCCAUCGCUGCAUCCUGCUAGGAAGCAAGUGUGGGACUUCAUACGCCUCCUCCUGAUGGAAUCUCUGCUUCUGGGCUCGGCCAACAAGCAGUGGCAUCCCCUGGAGUUUUUCCUUGAGGCUUCUGCAGAGAACUCCACCAAUGAGCAGAAGAAGUUUUUCCAGACAGAAGUCUUGCUUUCCAUCAUGGAUAUCUUCCACAUGAUUGGCCAAGAUGAUGGGGAAACAUCAAGUUUAAGAGAAAUUCUUCCUUGCCUUGCAGGGGAGGGAGACUCCAGAGGUGUUGCAGAGGCAGCCACCCCUCUGCGUCUGGUGAAUCUGUCCUGUUUUACCCAGAAGCUGGUAGAGAAACUUUGUGGAGGAAUGCUUGCUGCUGACCCUAGAAAGGUGAUUCUCUUCCUUACGGAGCAAGUGACAAUGGUCAAAGAGAAGCUGCACAAUGAAGCCGUUUUAAGCAUCUUGCACAGCAGCUUAAACCGAGCCAUCUUGUACUACCUGUCCAGCUCUCCUUCUGACCAGCAAAAGCUCCUGAGGGUACUGCACACCCUUCAACUGCAGCAGGACGUCAUCUUUGCAAUCGUGAAUGCCAGCCUCGACUUUAUCACUUGCCUUUUGUAUUGCCUGAUACAGAUACAAGCGAUGAGCUUUCCAGAAGAUCAUACAGAAAAGGAGAGGCCAGAUUUCGGUCACGAGAUUUUCUUGGACCCUAGUAAAGAAGGAAAGAAGAUGGAUUACCUCUUUCCUAUAAGGAAUGUUCAGCAAGACAUCUUGAAGACAACUGAAGAAAUCUGGAUCCAACUUCUCUCUCAGAGGAGAAAGGACUUGGAGGACGCAUACAAAGUGCCUUUCUCUGUUGAGACAGCAGACGGAGAUGAGACAGUGAAAAUGGCCGACGUGAAUCCUCUGUGGAGAGAGAUUUUGGAAAAGGCCUGGCAGCACUUCCUAGCCUCAGAAAAGAAAAUUCCACAGAACAAGGUUUCAGCCCAAGCAUCAAACAAGAUAAGUUAUUGGAAUGGAAGCUUGUCCUCAGCAGUGAAGCUGACACCCAGCAAAAAUGUGACGCAGAUGGAAUGCAAUCCUAAGGAUGUUGCAUCAUGUUUAGAAAAAAACAGAAGAAGUGGCCAAGAAUUAUAUGCAGCUUUGUGCAAGGACCAUGCUGAGAAGCUCCUGUGUGCGCGCAGUAAAGCAGCAGCAGCCUGGUCAGAGGCGGAAGAGCGGCUCUUCGGGAGAGGAGACUGUGGGAGCAUGGCUCGGGCCCCUUCUGCCUCCAGGUGGGUUCUGGAUGGCUACGAAGGCCCUGCCCGGAUGAGGAAGAGGAUUCGGCUCAACAUCCCCCAUCAGGAACUUCAGACACACAAGAGUGGAUCUGGUCUAGCUCCUGAGGAAAAUCAAGCAGAAGAACCGAUCCCAAAUGGAGGAGAACAAGGGAUGGAUUCUGGCCAGCUGACUUUCUUUCCUGCCCUUCAUGAAAGUUUUAAUUCAGAAGAGUUUUUGGAAGUGUGCACAGAAAGAAGAAUCGUCCUGCAGGAGUUUGCUCAGGGUGAAAAGAUCAAACGCAGAGAUUCGGUGGUGAUCGUUCAGGAGCAGGCGUCCUCGGAAGGGGUGCUUCUCUUCGGCCAGAAGCAUUUUUACCUCUGCAGCCAUUUCACGCUGUCCCACCUGGGAGAGGUCUAUUGCACGAGGCACUGCUUAUCCCGCAUCAGCGACUCGUUCAUCCAUGGCUUGUGCCACAAAGACCAGGCUGUGGGACAGCCGGCGUGUUCCCGCUAUGCCUACAGUGACAUCAGAGAGAUCCUGCCCACGCACUUCCUUCUUCAGGAGGAUGCUUUGGAGAUUUUCUUCAGAAAUGGCUACUCCGUAUUCCUUGUAUUUUUCAACAGCGACAGGGCAAGAAUCCUGAAAAGAUUUUCUUCUUCAAUGAAGCCCGUUCUGAAAUCAAAAAGCAUCACUGAUGAAUCCAUUAAUAUAAGACGUUCAGGGAAAGAAAAGGCCAUGCUCCUGAAGUGGCAGAGGAGAGAGAUCAGCAACUUUGAUUACCUCAUGUACCUGAACACCCUGGCUGGACGGACAUACAGCGAUCUCAUGCAGUACCCGGUUUUUCCGUGGGUCCUUGCUGAUUAUCAUUCCAAGACUCUAGACUUGACUAACCCCAGCACCUUCCGUGACCUUUCAAAGCCCAUGGGAGCUCAGACUGAAGAAAGAAAAAACAAAUUCAUCCAGCGCUAUAAAGAAGUAGAGAAGAGUGAAGGUAACCUCUCGGCCCAGUGCCAUUACUGCACGCACUACUCCUCAUCGAUGAUAGUGGCAUCAUACCUGGUCCGGAUCGAGCCCUUCACCCAGAUCUUCCGCUCCUUGCAGGGAGGAAGUUUUGAUCUGGCAGACAGGAUGUUCCACAGUGUGAAAAGCACCUGGGAGUCAGCCUCAAGAGAUAACAUGACGGAUGUACGGGAACUCAUCCCCGAAUUCUUUUAUUUCCCCGAAUUCUUAACAAAUUGCAACCAGUUUGAGUUUGGAAGCCUGCAGGAUGGGAGUUCGCUGGAUGACGUGCAGCUGCCGCCCUGGGCAGAAGGAAACCCUCAUAAAUUCAUUAGCGUGCACAGACAGGCCCUGGAGAGCGACCAUGUCAGCACGCAUCUCCAUCACUGGAUAGAUCUGAUCUUUGGCUUCAAGCAACACGGUCCAGCCGCAGUGAAGGCCGUGAAUGUCUUCCACCCUUACUUCUACUGCAACCAAGCGCACCUGGACAAAGUGAACGACCCGCUCAUCAAAAGCACCAUCCUGGGAUUCAUUAGCAACUUUGGGCAGAUCCCCAAGCAGAUCUUUACCAAGCCACACCCAGCCAGGAAUGCUCCGGGGAAGCACUUGAUGAGGAAGGACAAUCUCCCCUUUCCGUAUCCCACUGGCAAUUUUCCUCCACCCCUCAGCAGCUUGCAUCACCUGAAGUGCUCACCUGUUACUCUUAAAGAGGCACUGGGAGGACCCGUUGGGCACAUCGUGUGCACUGAAAAGGGGGUUUUGGCUGUGGGAGAGAACAAAAUUUUGCUUCCUCCAUGCUGGACCAGAGUGUUUUGCUGGGGAUUUAACGAUUUCACCUGCUGCCUGGCUAGCUCUGGACCAGACAAGAAGACGACCGUUUCUGAAGCCACGGUCGACUGGGCGGGCUGCCUCUGUGCCGUUUGUCCCAUGCCAACACUGCUCAUCACCUCCGGGAGCAGUUCUGUCAUAUGUGCCUGGGAACUGUCCGUGGACAAGGACAGGCCGGCUUGCUUGAGCCUGAAGCAGCUGCUGUUCGGCCACACGCGGCCCGUGACCUGCUUGGCCGCCUCGGCCUCCUACAGCAUCCUCGUGAGCGGAUCCGCCGACAGGUCCUGCCUCGUCUGGGACCUGAACCGGCUCACACGCAUCACCCGGCUUCCUGCCCACAAGGCCUGUCUCUCGGCGGUCGCCAUCAAUGAUUCAACGGGUGACAUUGCCUCGUGCGCCGGCGGGACCCUCUACCUGUGGAACAUCAAUGGGCAGCCCCUGGCCGAGGUCUGCGCCACCCUCAGCGCCGGGGUCCACCUUUCGUGCUGCUGUUUCAGCCAAGUGAAGGACUGGGAUGUGCGGAGCCUCGUGGUCACCGGAGACACCGCUGGCAACGUGCAGGUCUGGUUGUCUGAAAAUAAUUUGCCCGCUUGCCAGGACGAGAAUUUGGGACGCCAGGCAGACGCAGGCACGAAAGGGGGAAAACCAUUUGUUCUCUCACGAGAGCUGGACCUCAGCAUGGCUUCUUCAGAGAGACGGAGCAAAACCAUGCCAGCAAUCACGGCUUUGGCGGUAUCCAGGAAUUAUUCCAGAAUCCUGGCUGGCAAUGAGCGUGGACAGGUCUACUGUUGGUCAAUUGACGAGUAACAGGAAGAAGCAUCAACAGGACCUUAUUGGCCUUAUAUAUACAUGGUUCCAAGGAACACAGGAAAUGAUGUAACUGCAUGAAUCUCAAAGGAUUUUGAUGUAAUGCCAAGUGAUGACAUAGAAUAAAUUGUUUAUGGGUGGGUCUUUGGUAGCACCUGGAUUUAAACACUCAGUGUGAGCUACAGCUGGGUGGAAUUUUUGGCUGCCCUUUUCUCACCUUUGUGGGGAGGGGAGAAACAAACUUCCAGAAGCUCGGAGAUGGAAGAAUGUGAGCUAUUCUAUUCUAGGUGUGGAAGGUUCACCAGUUGGCACUUCCCUUACUUAACUUCAGAAGGUAACUGCUAUUAUGAGCAGGCGUGAAACUUCUUUUAAAUGCCUGAACAGCAAUCAAAACUUCGUGCCCACCUUGAAAGUUAAGUGCCAGGCAGCAAAUCACAGAUGCCAAGAAAAGUUCACCAAAGUUCAGUCACCAUAGGCCUGUUGGCACGACAUACUAAGAGUGCAAGGUUCAUUCCUGGGCCAUAUACUCUUCCAUAUUUUUAUUAAUGACUUGGAGGAAGAAGCAAGUGGCAGGAAUGCUCAUCAGAUUUGUAGAUGACACAGAGCUUGAGUGGAAUAGCGAAUGUCUUAGAAGAUGGGAGGGAACGCAGUGCUCUUGAAAGGCUAGAAAACCAGGUAGGAAAUAUUGAAAUUUAACAGAGACAAGUGCAGAGUUUAGGAAAAGGAAAUUAAAUGCAUGGGUAUAAGACGGGGGAUAGUACUUGUGGAAAGCAUCUUGGAGUUGUUGUGGUUGCAAGAUGGAUUUGUGAUGUGGCUGUUAAAAAGGCCAAUGUACUUUUAGGUUGCAUCAAUAGAAUUAUAGUUUCUUAACCACCAGAAGUAAUAAUUUCAUUCUUUUCUCUGCAUUGUUCAGACAGCACCUCAAAUAUUUUGUCCAGCUUUGGACACUGUGAAUUUAAGAUCCAGAAUUCUGAGAAGGAAACAAAGAUGAUCUGGGGACUUAGAAAUGAAGUCCUGGGCGGAAAGGUGGAAAGCCUUGAGAACAGAAAACUGAGCGGGGCUAGGAUAGCGUUUUCCAAGUACCUGAAGGGUUGUCAUGCAGAGGAAGGUCGCAAAGGUCCUCUCUGUCCUCCAAUACAAAAUAAUGGGCUUAAGUUACAGAAACAAACAUUUUGGUUAAGCAUUGAAAAAAAUGUUAAUGCUCAGAGUAGGCAGGUAAUGGAACCAUUUUCCUGGCGAGGUGGCAAGCGCUCCAUCACUGGAGGUGUUUGAGCAAAGAAUGGGCAGCCGUCCAUCAGGAAAAAUGGGGUGCGGUUUGACCUGAUAGUCCAAAGGGUCCCUUCCGCACCCAGGAUUCUGCAGGAAUUUCUAAGUGCCUUGGAUAAAUGGUAUCCAACAUUCACUCCUGUAUGGGACUGGGAAAGAUCCUGAAUUUCCCUUGAAUGCUCCCAGUAUAUGAAUUGUUUUUAAUUUUUGUGCUAGAGAAAAUAAAUUUCUUUCCAUGGCUGACUCAAA